AUGAGUUUCUCGGAUCCGCCUGGUUCAUCACUGGUAAACAACGGCACGGCCGCAGUGCAACUAGCCCCCUACACAGAGCUUUCAUCCCAUGAUUCCGGAAUGGACCAAUAUCAAGCUAUCUCUGCCCAGGAAGAGUGUGCUAAAUUCAGCCUUGAAGAACUCAGGUUGGCAGAUUACGAACGGGGACAUGCGCCAUCUGCCAGGCAGAGAGAUGGUUUAGCAAUGCUCUCCACUCAACCCUUACAAAGAUUGCGACGAACCGAUGACAAGAAGCAUAGCAGCCAUCUUGCCCUUCUUACCGGCCCCACGAUUGAAAUCCACGUCGGCACAGCAACUCCUGUACACGGUUCUGCCGACCUUUCCGUCAACUGGUUCUUACCCAAGCGCUUGAUCUCGCACCACUCACCUUUCCUUGCGGCUGCUUCUAAUCGGGACUUCAAGGAACGUCGCAAUAACCUAAUCGAGCUCCCGGACGACAAACCCACUGUCUUUGCGCUUUUCGUUGAAUGGCUGUACUACGGAGAUUACACCAUCGAACCACUGUCGUCAUCCUCUCCCACUAGAACCGGUAGCGUUAGUAUCGACGCCGAAUGCUGGGUCCUUGGCGAUAAGCUAUUAUGCACCGACUUCAAGAACCAUGCUAUGAGGCGUCUCUAUGAACAACAUACAACCAAGAUCUUCAACAGGUCCAUCUCGACGCACGAUGUGCAGUUCGCGUGCGACAACAGCGCCAAAGCCUCGAAGCUUCGAGAGCUGUAUGUGGGUUUGACUGCUACAAAUUUCGGGAGACAAGAUCGCGUUAAAGGAACCGUGGAGGAAUGGGACGAACUUCUUUUGAACCAAUCCGAUCUGAGGCGACUGCUCUUGCAGAGUCUGCGUUCGGACGCUGCUGAGCGGAACUUUGUGAAAAGCGAGGAGCACUACCUAGAAGACGGCGAUGCUCCUCUCCGAUCUCAUGAUACUUCUUCUUCCCGUUUCCAGUUUGUCCAUCAACCAAAAACUUCAGCACCGUUGCGCGACACUGGCUAA